CACAGGGCCGGGACAGUGGCACCGUGGGACAGCGGGACAGUGGGACAGUGCGACAGUGCCCGUGCCGCGGGGCAGAGGCCGAGCCAGCCCUGCGGGGUGCGGGGACAGCCUCGCUGCAUCGGGGCGGAGGAGGGAAGAUGGAGGCGGCGGAACCGGCUCUGGCCGGGAGGGAAACCAGGUCUUAUGAGGAAUCAACAGAUGAAUCUGAGGAAGAUGAGAGUGAAGAAGAACCUAAGCUCAAGUAUGAACGGCUUUCUAAUGGAGUGACUGAAAUUCUCCAGAAGGAUGCAGCCAGCUGCAUGACAGUGCAUGAAAAGUUUUUGGCACUGGGAACACAUUAUGGCAAAGUUUAUUUACUUGAUGUCCAGGGGAACAUCACACAGAAGUUUGAUGUUAGCCCAGUGAAGAUAAAUCAGAUCAGCCUGGAUGAAAGUGGAGAACACAUGGGUGUUUGCUCAGAAGAUGGGAAGGUACAAGUGUUUGGAUUAUAUUCAGCAGAAGAGUUUCAUGAAACGUUUGACUGUCCUAUUAAAAUUGUUGCUGUUCAUCCUCAAUUUGUAAGAUCCCACUUCAAGCAAUUUGUAACAGGAGGAAAAAAGUUGCUGUUAUAUGAAAGAAGUUGGAUGAAUAGAUGGAAGCCUUCAGUUUUACAUGAAGGGGAAGGAAAUAUAAGAAAUAUAAAAUGGAGAGGGCACUUAAUUGCUUGGGCUAAUAAUAUGGGCGUAAAGAUACUUGACAUGAUCUCCAAGCAGAGAAUUACCAAUGUGCCUCGGGAUGACAUAAGCCUUCGCCCAGAUAUGUAUCCCUGCAGCCUUUGCUGGAAGGAUAAUUUAACACUGAUUAUUGGCUGGGGAAAUUCAGUAAAGAUUUGCUCAGUAAAAGAACGGCAUGCCAGUGAAAUGCGUGACCUCCCAAACCGCUACGUGGAAAUAGUUUUCCAAUUUGACACCGAAUUCUACGUCAGUGGACUUGCGCCUCUCUGUGACCAGCUUGUUAUACUUUCAUAUGUAAAGGAGAUCUCCGAAAAAACGGAAGUGGAGUGUUGUGCAAGGCCUAGACUUGAUAUUGUACAACCCCUGCCUGAGUCCUGUGAAGAGAUCUCUUCUGAUGCACUAACAGUACGAGGAUUUCAGGAAAAUGAAUGUCGUGAUUAUCACUUAGAGUAUUCGGAGGGUGAAUCACUUUUUUAUAUCAUCAGCCCAAGAGAUGUGGUUGUGGCCAAAGAGCGGGACCAAGAUGACCACAUUGACUGGCUUCUUGAAAAGAAGAAAUACGAAGAAGCUUUGAUGGCAGCUGAGAUCAGUCAGAAAACCAUAAAAAAGCACAAGAUUUUGGAUAUUGGCUUAGCCUAUAUAAAUCAUCUGGUGGAGAAAGGAGAGUAUGACCUGGCUGCUAGAAAGUGCCAGAAAAUCCUUGGGAAAAACACAGAACUCUGGGAAUUUGAAGUUUACAAGUUUAAAGAAAUAGGUCAGCUUAAAGCAAUUAGUCGUUACUUGCCAAGACGAGAUCCAGUUUUGAAACCUCUCAUCUAUGAAAUGGUCCUGCAUGAAUUUUUGGAAAGUGACUAUGAGGGGUUUGCAACCCUAAUAAAAGAGUGGCCUGGAGAUCUGUACAACAACACAAUCAUAGUUCAAGCUGUAGUGGAUCACCUGAAGAAAGAUCCACAGAACAGGACGUUGCUACAAACACUUGCAGAAUUGUACACUUACGAUCAGCGCUAUGGCAGAGCCCUAGAAAUCUACUUAACUCUGAGGCACAAAGAUGUCUUCCAGUUGAUCCACAAGCACAAUCUCUUCAGUUCUAUCAGAGACAAAAUUGUUCUGCUCAUGGAUUUUGAUUCAGAGAAAGCAGUAGACAUGCUUUUGGAUAAUGAGGAUAAAAUUUCUAUUGACAGAGUUGUUGAAGAAUUAGAAAACAGGCCUGAGUUACAGCAUGUGUAUUUACACAAGCUUUUCAAAAGAGACCACCAUAAAGGCCAACGAUAUCAUGAGAAACAGAUCAGCCUUUAUGCUGAAUAUGAUCGACCAAACUUACUUCCAUUUCUCAGAGACAGCACACAUUGCCCACUGGAGAAGGCUCUUGAGAUCUGCCAGCAGAGAAACUUUGUAGAAGAGACAGUCUAUCUUCUAAGCAGAAUGGGUAAUAGUCGCAGUGCCUUGAAGAUGAUAAUGGAAGAAUUGCAAGAUGUAGAUAAAGCUAUUGAAUUUGCCAAGGAACAAGAUGAUGGAGAACUUUGGGAAGAUCUCAUUUUAUAUUCUAUUGACAAGCCACCUUUUAUUACUGGUUUGUUGAACAAUAUUGGAACCCAUGUCGAUCCUAUUCUUUUGAUCCACCGCAUUAAGGAAGGCAUGGAGAUUCCUAAUUUGAGAGACUCACUAGUGAAAAUUCUUCAGGACUACAACUUGCAGAUCUUGCUGCGGGAAGGUUGCAAAAAGAUACUCGUUGCUGAUUCUCUUUCUUUAUUGAAGAAAAUGCAUCGAACUCAGAUGAAGGGUGUUCUAGUGGAUGAGGAGAAUAUCUGUGAAUCAUGUCUGUCUCCAAUACUUCCUUCAGAUGCCUCCAAGUCCUUCAGUGUGGUAGUGUUCCACUGCAGACACAUGUUUCACAGAGAGUGCCUCCCUGUAUCUAACACAGUAUCUUCUGUCCAGUUCUGCAAUAUAUGCAGUGCCAAACACAGGGGGCCAGGAAGUGCAGUCCUGGAGAUGAAGAAAUAGCAGUGCCCUAGUUCUCCAUGUCAGUCAGCGACACCAAAUCUGUUAGGGCCUUGCAGAGCCACUGUAAUUUUCCAUUUCUGUAUAUAAUUUUGAUUGUGAUUUAAAAGUAGUUCCUGUAUUUUAUCCUGUUCAUUGAAUAUUUUGGGUAAUGAGAAAAUGUGAAGAUCUUUCUCUGGCAAGUCUUUGUUAUGCAACUCAUAUGUCAUGGUUCCUUUGCUCAGCUUGUUAUUUCAUUCUGGAACAGAAAAAAAAAUAAAUAAAAUGGGAAGAAAAUCCCACGCAAUUUAGAGAUUUGUGUUUGCUGUCAGUUAAUGUGCUUUACAGUUUGGAAUCACAUCAGGCUUAUGGUUGGAUAUUGUAAAGAAAAAUGUAAUUCCAUUAAUUCAGCUCGCCAGACUACUUCAGUCCUGAUUUAGUCUAUUAGGGACCUGUUUACCUUGAGACCCAUAGGAGUCUGACUCCUUUCAGUGGAAUUGCUACAGAACUUGAAGUUGUGUGCCAACUCAUAUCUUCACUUAAGAAAUUUGUUAACUGAAUUCCAUACACUGGCAGUUUGCCUUGGUUGCAUAUUCAUAGUUCAUUGGAACUGGUUAAUUUCUCAAUUCAUCUUCACAAUGCAGUAGUUUAAAGUGAGCUUUUCUCAUGUUCAACUCCUCCAGAAACUUUAUUUUUAGAAGUUAGCAGUAGGCCUUUACGCUUAUUUUAUGUGUGGUUGAAGUGCAUGGUUUCAUUUAAGUGCAAGGGAAAAAUAUGUAUCUGACCUUUCAAAGGUAAAAUCUCUAGAAGUUUCUUAUGGCCUUAGCAAUUUAACAGCUGAGUUAAAUAAGUCAAUUGGACAUUAAUAAAACAAUAUUUUUCAUUUGAACUGCAUUCUGUUUUGUUGAUCCAAAUCAAAUGAUCUUUGAGAAUGUCUUCGCAGUAAUGCAAUCUGUUUAUAAUAUAUACUGACUAAAUUCAGUAUAAGUAUCUUUUCCUUAAGAAAAGUUAUGAGAACUCCCAACUUACUUUUCUGCUUUUUAAUAACUUGAGUUUGAAAGUAACAAUAUAUUGUUUUGCCAUCAAAUUGUACUGUUUGAACAAGUUAACAUACUACCAUGGUAAGGUCUAAAACAAUGGUAUAUACUGCAGUCUAUCUGUAAAACUGGAAAAUGCGGUACCUCUAAUACAAUACCUUCUAUAUCUUAUUUCCAUGUAAGUACACCUUAAAAUAAUUUCUACUAUGGAAACUUGGGUUUCUAGUUUAUGUAUAUUCAUAAUAUUAUUUUAAAAUCCUCUGGGCAAUUGGUGUAGCAAUCUGAAGAAUGAUUUUUUUUGUUGUCCAUUGUGGAGAUCUGUAUAAUACUGGAAUAAAAAUGUAUUUAGAAAUGCUAA